CGGGCGCGAGCACCUGGAGGGCGAUGGCGCCGGGCGCGAGCGACCCGGGGUAGCGAGAGCGAGGCUGCGUGGCCCGGUGCGCGCCCCCUUGCGACCCUGGCGUUUGCUCCGACGGGCACGGGCAGCUAUGGGGCUCCUUCGGCUGCUGGCGCUGGCGGUGCUGGCGACGCAACCCGGGGUGGCUGGUGGAGCGGAGACUGUCGGGAACUCCAGCGUGGGUAUUAUUGAAUUUUCUGUGGGGAAAUUUAGAUACUUGGAGCUCAACAGGCCCUUUCCAGAGGAAGCUAUUUUGCGGCAUAUUUCCAGCAAUGUGACUUUUCUUAUUUUCCAAAUACACUCACAGCAUCAGAAUACAACAAUUUCUUUUUCUAAUACUCUCCUUCCCAGUACCUCAGGAACAGGCACUGACAAAGGACUGGUUUUCAUUCUUAGACCAGAGCAGAGUAUGUGCUCUUGGUACUUGGAGACUUUAGAUGCUGAGCCUGUCCAAAAUGUGGCCAUUCCACUUUCCUACUCAGAAAGAGAUCCCAUCCCUGGAGCCUGUAAUUUGGAGUUUGAUUUAGAUAUUGAUCCCAACAUUUACCUGGCGUAUGAUUUCUUUGAAACAACUAUCAAAUUUGCCCCAGCAAACCUAGGCUAUGAAAGAGGCACAGAUCCUCCACCAUGUGACAUCAGGACAGGACAGGACUCUAGGUGGAGGUUGCAGUAUGAUGUCUAUCAGUAUUUUCUGCCUGAGAAUGACCUCACUGAAGAGGGGUUGCUGAAGCAUUUGCAGAGGAUGGCCGAAGUGCCUCAGGUGACAGCCAAUGCUAUCAAGGUGGUUACCCUGACAGCUAAUGAUAAGACAAGUGUUUCCUUCUCUUCCCUCCGGGGACAAGGUGUCAUUUAUAAUGUCAUUGUUUGGGACCCAUUUCUAAACACAUCUGCUGCUUAUGUUCCUGUUCACACAUAUGCCUGCAGCUUUGAGGCAGCGGAGAGUGACUGUUCUUCUCUUGGAAGAGUAUCAACCAAAGUGUUUUUUACUCUUUUUGCCGUGCUUGGUCUCUUCAUCUGUUUCUUCGGACACAGAUUCUGGAAAACAGAAUUAUUCUUCAUAGGCUUUAUCUUCAUGGGAUUCUUCUUUUAUAUCAUGAUUACAAGACUGACACCUAUUGAAUAUGAUGUUCGUCUGAUUCUAACAGCCAUCGCUGGAAGCAUUGGUGGGAUUUUCUUAGUAGCUGCUUGGUGGCGAUUUGGAAUCCUCAUGCUCUGUAUGCUGUGUGUUGGACUAGUAUUGGGCUUCUUCAUCUCAUCAGUGACUUUCUUCACUCCACUGGGAAACCUAACAGUAUUUCGUAACGAUGAUGUGUUCUGGGUAACCUUCUCUUGUAUCGCUAUUCUCAUUCCGGUAAUUUUCAUGGGCUGCCUAAGAAUACUGAACAUACUGACUUGUGGAUUCAUUGGCUCCUAUUCGGUGGUUUUGGCCGUUGACAGUUACUUGUACACAAGCCUUUCUUAUAUCACUUUGAAUGUACUCAAGAGAGCACUCAACACUCAUUUCCGUGGAGCUUUCACAAAUGUGCCUUUUCAAACUAAUGACUUUAUUAUCCUGGCAGUAUGGGGGAUGCUGGCUGUAAGUGGAAUUACAUUACAAAUGCGAAGAGAAGGAGGGCGACCACUUUUCCCUCCCCACCCAUACAAACUAUGGAAACGAGAGAGGGAGCGCAGAGUAACCAACAUCUUGGAUCCUAGCUACCACAUCCCUCCAUUGAGAGAGAGGCUGUAUGGCCAGUUAACCCAGAUCAGAGAGCUCUUCCAGAAAGAACAGCCAGCUGGAGAGAGAACACCCCUACUUCUAUAAAUGUCGAAGGGGGCCUUGGUCAGUGUGAUCCUGAAGUACAAGGCAGGCACUGCCUCAGCUUUGGUGUUUAUGCACAGCCUGCUUCAGCAGUCUCCAAUGCAGGUCGUAAGAAAGCAGGUUUAUGUGUCUGCUUUGUAUGAUAUUGCGGUGUCCUCAUUGAUGUAUGUAUGGUACAGGUGUGCCAAGAUUAUGAUAGUUCUGUUAGAGUGAGAAAGAUGACCAAAAAAGUGGUGGUAGGGAUGCAUUUUCUUUUUUGAAAUACUUAAUAAUUAAUUACCUUUUGGUUUGUAUGGUCAAGUUAUUAUAUAUACACAAAAAAAUAAAAAAUAAAUAAACGAUUAUUCUCUAAAGCUCUUGGUGUUUCUUUUUAUAACUUCUUGAACAAUUCUCUCGCCUCAGUCUGUCUAAACCUAGGUGGUGGGGAAUGGAAGGUGGUUUGAUUUCAGUGUUAGACUGAAUCUUUAUUGGCCAUUAUUUGAAGGUUUAGGGAUUUGAUACUGGGCCUUUGAACUUUAGAGUACAAAAGAUGGAGAACUAAUUUUCUUACUAAAAGCAGUCUGAUAUUUAGUUGCAUCUUUUGUAGUGUAUUAGGCACCCUUUUGCUUAUUUUUAAUUGUGAUAAAAUGUUUACCGUUUCAAUCAUUUUUAAGUGUAUAGUUCAGUAGGUAUUGUUUUUGCCUUUUAUUGCUUAAAAUGGUAAAUAUCAAAAUUAUUUCAGUUACUUGAAAAUAGGUCAAUUUAUAUAGAUAGAACUUUUACAUGGAUGAUUUAUUUAUAUUCCAAAUAAUGGCCCGUUAUUUUUUGUUUUUUCUUUUAAGGCUCUUUAAAAUAGUUUGACAGCUGAUCACUAAUUUAAAUUGCAUUAGAUGACGUGAAUUGUUUUGUUUUUAGGAUACAAAUGGCUCCUACCUUAAUUAAUCUAUAGUCCAAUUAAUAAGGUAACCUUUCAGAAAUUUGCAUUUUGUAAUUCUUUUGGCUAAAUUGUUAUUAGCAUCAAUGUGAAAUAUAAUCUCAGAAAAUUUCUACAUGAAGCUUUUGUACCUUCUGUUUUAUUAAAGUGAUGAGGGACUCAAAAAGGAUUCAAGUAUUUAAUGGAGCUGCUUUUUAAAAUUAGAACCUUGAAAUCUAAGGAGUCCCUUCAGUUUUAACACUUUUUCUACCCCAAGAAAGUAACUGGAUGCCUUGGGCUGCAUACAUACCUACUCCUAAUGGUAUUUUCUCUUAAUUGUCAGAGCCUCUGCUACUGGCACUAACUUGGAUUUUAAGUUGGUGACUUUAACAUACCUGAGUGACAGUGUGGUUGUGGUGGUUGCAUGCACAUUUGUGAGUUAACCACUAUUGAAAUGAUGCUGCUUUUAAGAGUUUUCAAAGUGUAAUAGAUUUUUGAAAUUUCAAAUAACUAGAAAAUUUUUAACUUUUGCUUUUAAAAGUGUUUUGGAAAGGCUGAAACAAAAUGAAAAGUAUAAAACUAAUCAUUUGGUUUUGAAAAAUACAAAACUUCAUUUACUCUUCUGUAAUCCUCACUGUUUAACUGCAGUAACACUCGAAUAAAAAUUUUUUCAUAAUUGUAGGAAUUCUGGCUAAUA